AUGUCUUCACGAAACAGCCUUAAGAUCGAACCAAAGCAAGUGGAGGCCGUUCUACAGAGCAACGGACCGCCAGCAGCCAAACCCUCUCCUACCGAACAUGUCACUACACCAGCGAGUCCGGCGUUGUCGAGAACAUCGUCUGGUAGAGCCAGCUUCCAGAAUCAUGCUCGAGGAAUCUCGCUCGCCGGCGACUCAACGGCGAAUGGAGCUACACGAUCCAACCGCUUCUCGAUGUCCUUCCCCGUCCAACCGUCUGGAGCGAUGAGUCCAGUGCGAAUGUCACAGUCACCUGUACGAGAGUCGUUCCCUACAUUACCUGAGGAUCCCAGCGGGCAUGUAGACACCAACUUCCUCACCGCAAUCGCGGCCCAAGAGCGCCGAGUCCUCGAGCUGAAGGAAGAGUUGGUCCGGGCAGAGGGAGAUCUGAGGAAGCUCAAAGUACAAUGGGCGCAACACGAAGCACAGAAGAAGAGGAACGAUGCAAGGAGCGUGACUAAGCUUCAACCUUUGCAGACCUCUCUGCCUCCGACGGAAGGCGAGGAGGAUGCGGAUGGGUCGGGCGCUUGGAUGCAGCAGGAGAUGGAGAGGAGGAAGGCUUUGUUGAGUGGGAAUAAGUCGAGCAAUAGGACGGUGUUUUCGGGGUCGAAGCAUACAAGGACGCUGUCUCUGCUGUCGCCUACGGGAAGGAUGCCGCCACCGCCUCCACCUUCACAGCAGCAGCAGCAGCCGCAGCGGCCAGAACUGCCGUCUCGAAAGGACAGCUUGCCUGCUUCCGCGAGGCGUAGUGUGGAAGUUGAGCCUCGCACCCGACCAAAGUCUCUGGCUAGAGCAGCCACAACGCCAGAUCUAACAGUAGAUGGGUCCACGCCCAUCGACAAGAUUGAGGAGCUUGCUGAACAUGGCGACGAUAGGGACCUGGUCUUGAUCGAAGCCAGCAAGAAGGUCGCGACUGGUUUACGGGACGGGCUCUGGACCUUCUGGGAAGAUCUUAGGCAGGCUACAGUGGGUGACGAGUCCACUCCCAUUCAUCCGCCACGAAGGCAGAGUUCGACGCAAACACUUCGGACGGCGAAGAAGCAGGCUAGUAAGGCGUCAUUGCGGCCUUCUUCGAGAGGAUCGACUGCGAGCAAGACUUCGACGGAUACCAGAAGGCCUUCACCUGCGCGGAGGAAGUCAAAGUCGACGAACAUGUCCUUAGGCUCAGCGCCUGCCCUGGCGGAUCCCUCAUUCUGGACCGAACACGGUAUCCUACCGCCCAGUCACGCCCAAACACCAGCCAAGAAAGCUCCGACGACCUCCAAGCACGCCAAAUCACCCUCCAAAGCCAUCUCCGUCGACUCUACCGACAACGAAUCCUGGUCCAACUGGGACGAAGCCAGUCCACAAUUCUCCCGCGCAUCGAGCGCUGGCUCCGAUCCCACCACCGUCUCGGACACCAACAGCCCGCGCGCCAGCGCCGACUCUUUCGAUAACGGUAUAGGACCGAACGACACCAUCAAGCCGCGCAGCAACCGCUUCUCGGUCGACAGCGUGAGCAAGAAAGAUCCAAUCCCGUGGCCGGCGCUGUCGAAUCUGGGACCAAAGGCCUUGAGGAGGACGGCUAGUCAUUUGAUGUCGGAGUGGGAGAGGAGUUUGACGCCUAGUCCGGGUAAGGAGGGGAGUGGAGGGGGCCAUUACUUGGGUUUGGGGGCGGAGGCGGCGGCGUCGGCUGUGAGUGGGGAGAGGAAGAGGGGGUGA